CCCCGCAUCCCUGGGCUCUCCCCGAACCUGUCCCUACACCCUCGCCCCUGUCUUGGCUCCUCUCCUGCUCUCACAGCAUUCCGGCCUGGCUGAGGGAGGAGAUGCCCGGUAGCCCCUGGCGUUGCUCUGCGGUGUUCCACUACAGCCGAGAGCCUCCAGGCACUGGUCGAUCCCAUUGCCGCAGGGCAGCCCGUCUGCUCGCUGUUCUCCCCCGGGAGGGAUGGGGGCUCAGGGCUCUGGCAGGGCCUUGGGGCCAGUAGCGCCUGGCAUGGCCACAGUACCCUGUGUGAUGCUAGGCCAGGCAUGGCUCCAAGGUGUCCUGGGCGCUUCCAGCUCAUGCUGUCCCUUCUCUGUGCCAGAGGGAGGUGGAGAUCCUCAUGUUCCUCAGCGCCAUUGUCAUGAUGAAGAACCGGCGCUCUAUCACUGUGGAGCAGCACAUCGGGAACAUCUUCAUGUUCAGCAAAGUGGCCAACGCCAUCCUGUUCUUCCGCCUCGACAUCCGCAUGGGGCUGCUCUACCUCACGCUCUGCAUAGUGUUCCUGAUGACCUGCAAGCCACCCCUUUACAUGGGCCCUGAGUACAUCAAGUACUUCAGUGACAAGACCAUCGAUGAGGAGCUGGAGAAGGACAAGCGGGUGACGUGGAUCGUUGAGUUCUUUGCCAACUGGUCCAGUGAGUGCCAGUCCUUUGCCCCCAUCUUCGCUGACCUCUCUCUCAAGUACAACUGCUCAGGACUCCAGUUUGGGAAGGUGGAUGUUGGCCGGUACACGGAUGUCAGCACCAGGUACAAGGUCAGCACCUCGCCUCUCACCAAGCAGCUGCCCACCCUCAUCCUCUUCCAGGGCGGGACAGAGAUCAUGCGGCGGCCGCAGAUCGACAAGAAGGGCCGGGCUGUGUCCUGGACCUUCUCUGAGGAGAAUGUGAUCCGGGAGUUCAACCUCAACGAGCUCUACCAGAAGGCCAAGAAGCAGCAGAAGCCGCGGGAGGAGGGCCCUGAGGAGCCCCCAGCCGUGCCGGCGGCUGCGCCUCAGGAGAGCAAGAAGGACAAGUAGAAGCUGCCCUGUACUGUCGCCCAUCACUGUGUCACCAUCAGCCUGGUGGCAGCGGCCCCGCGGGCCUGC